UCAGUCGUUUGAGCAACGUCCAGCUAGCGAUAGUCAGAGUGUUCAGAGAUUGUUGAGUAAGCGAUAUAGCCUUGCUGCUGCUUUUCCGAGUUUUCUUCAUUGUCCGAGUAUUUCGAGAAGAUGCCAAAGAAGACGAACAAGUGGAACUCCCGUGGAGGCCGCUCGGCGGACGACAAGCCCUACUUCGGUCAUGAUGAUCGAGUAGGAGGAAGAAUUAGUGGAGGUUCUCAUGGAGGUUCUCAUGGAGGUUCUCAUGGAGGUGUGAGAUCCAGAGUAGUUUCCUUCAAGACACAUAGAUUAAACAGAGAAAGAGAGAUAAUGAAUACCUUAGCGAUGUCGGGUUUCGAAGAAGAUAUCCCAAUGGUUGGUAGUAAUUCCAACAACAAUUCAAGGCAAGUUGUUGUUCGCGGAAAGGAUAAAAACAAAUGGAAUCGUGAUUGGAAAGAAGUUCGCCCCAUUAUGAUGAAAGGAUGGAUUAGUACAAAAAAUCGUUCUCCCCUUCCCCUCGCUGAGGGCAAUUGGUACAAAAUUAUCAUUCCAUACGGCCACAAAUAUGAUAAAGAAUAUGUAUUGAGAACAUUGUUGAAUUAUAUGACGCCCGAGGUCUUUAUACCGAUAAUGUAUAAGAUUACCGCUACCGAAGCUGUCUUUUAUGUUGAAAGUCAAAAGACUGCAAAUGCCUUACUGAAUUGUGACAGGAAGAUCACAAUGAAUGAUGGAUUCAAGUUACAAAUAAGAGCCAAACCAGGAUUCCCACGAUGCGAUAUUGAUGACAAGUUUAAAGAAAGAUUGAAACAAGCAAUGGCUAAAAGAUAUGUUCAAGAGACAUGUGCUUUAGAUUUGUCGAAGUUAUAUCAAGAUCCUGAUCUUGUUUCUGAAUAUUUUUGUGCUUUGUUUCGCCCUCAAAUGUUGACGGCUGUAUUGGAUGUUAUGGCUGAGUGUGUACCAAACCUGAAGGCAUUGAAUUUGGAAGGCAAUAGAUUACAGAAUUUCGACAGACUUGCUAUAUUGUCGAAGAAGUUUCCGCAAUUGAAGAUUCUUUACAUUGGUGAAAAUCGUAUGAGAGAUAUUCACCAGUUGGAUAUGCUAAAGGACCUUAAGUUAGACGAGUUGAGAUUAGCUGGAAACCCUUGCUGCACUAAAUACAGAACGCGGACCGAUGAAUACAUUAGCGACGUCCGCAAACGAUUUCCCAAGUUGCUACGUCUGGAUGGCACGGAGCUUCCAAGACCUAUUGUUUUUGAUGUUGUUGAUGAAGAUAUUAACAAGAUACCGCCAACGCAAAGAAUGUUCGUUGGAGAUGAGAAAGCAAGGGAAGUUGCAAGCCAAUUUUUGCAACAAUAUUUUGCGAUAUUUGAUAGUGAUAAUCGACAAAGCCUGUUAAAUGCGUAUGAUGAACACGCAAUGUUUAGUAUGACGAUAACCACUUCUCACACAAAUAAGUUAAAUGGUUAUCUUAUGGAGAAUCGCAAUUUAUUCCGAAUAAAUGAUAAUGCAAGACGGCAAAAAUUGUUGAAGCAAGGCAGAUUACCUGUGGUAUCUUACAUAACGGAAAUGCCACGUACGAAGCAUUUACUGGAUACGUUUACAAUGGAUAUCACCCUUGCUACGCAAGCGAUGAUGUUUAUCACGAUAACUGGUUAUUUUCAAGAGAUGAAUACUAAGGAUCAGCCAAUUCGUUACUUCAACCGAACAUUCAUAAUUGUUUCGGUUGAAACUGGUGGAUAUUGUAUUCGCAAUGAACAGUUGCACAUCAGUCAACCGCCUGAGGCGCAGGUGAGGCAACUGGUUCAGCAAUUGAAUCAGCAAUUGAAUCAGCAGCAAAGUCAGCCGGCGCAACCAUCCGUUGAACCGGAGAAGUCUUCAGAAAUGACUCCUGUAAUGAGCGAAACAGAAGUCACAAAUGUGGAAGAGAUAAAAAAACAGAUGAUUGUGAAUUUGAGCCAGCAGACGAAUAUGAAUAUGGAAUGGAGCUUGAAAUGUUUACAAGAGACGAAUUGGAAUUAUGAUAAUGCAAUUUCUGCGUUUCAAGAAUUUUUCAAUCUUGGACAAAUACCAUCCGAAGCGUUUGCAAAAUGAAACAGCUCAUUAUAAUGUAAGUACAUAAUCUCGUCACUGUGAUAAGCAUUGUCACUUGAAAGAUGUGGCUCUUCGUUCCACAUUCAUAUUUGUAUAUCUAGAAAUGUAAGAGAAUAGAUAGUCUUACAUUUCUCAUAUCUAAUCCUCAGCAUUACUGUUACUAUUUCUUUUUGCCAGUAUUAUAUUGCAUCACUGGCAUUACUAUCAUAAGUUUUUUCAUUCAAAAAAAAAAAGUACAAAACAUAUAGAAUAUAGAAUAUGUUAGGUUAAGAGCAUUCCAAAAACCCAAAAAAAAUUAAAAAAAAAAAACAUUGAAAAAACCCCAAAAAAAUAUGUUAGAUUUAAAUCAUAAAAAUUUAAGUAACCACUAUAUGAACUAAUCAACAUAUGGAUUUUUAAAGUAAUCAAUAUAUGAACUCUUUUUUGAUAAUUGAUUUAUUAAAAACUUGGAAAUUUGUUAAAAUUUAUACGCAUUCCAAAACUGAAAUUAGAGUUUUUGACUGCAUGGUUUUUAACAAAUUCCCAAGUACAAAUUAUUCGUAUAUAUAUAUAAUUUUAUUUUUACUGUUUAAUGUUCUGUUUAAUGACAUUAAUGAAAAACAUCUUGAAAAUUACUAGAAUUCAUUUUUGCAAAAGUUCAUAACGUCAAACAAGUGUGCAAUAAAAUUGUAACAAAAAUUUUUGGGGUAUGAUGAAAAAACACAAAUUUAUUUCUAUAUUUCGUUUUGAAAUAUAUGAUGAAAUAUUGAAAGUGUACUGAAAAAAACUCCCCAAAAAUAACGAUUUUUAUGCUAAAUUUAUAAACUAUUUUAUACACAAAAUAGUUUAUACUAAUUUAUAUUACAUACUACAAAUUUAUAGUGUUUUCGUUGAUGUCAUUUAUAUUAAUUAGCGAACGAUACAAAAGUAUUAUUGAAGGGGAAAAAAAAAACAGUUUCUAAGGAAAUUCUUCUAACUUGCAACAAACUGGAUUUUUAUUUAUCGAUUCAUUUUGGAUUACUGAUACAGAUGGUGAUGAUAGUUGUUCGUUACUUGCAAGUUUGAUCGCUAAAGGUUUUAAGAUGCUAAUUUAUACUUGUUUUUCCGUCUGACAUCUUGAUUAUUAGCGAAAGGAUCUGUCGAAUUGAUGAAUACUCAGUUAUGUUUUUUUUAUACGUGAAAUAGAAAACUAUAAAUAGAAAUAGGACACAACCAAAGACUUAUUAGUCUCGAAAGGAGUAUAGAGAGGAUUGGAUCCUAAAUUUUUCAAGAUUUCCGGCUGGAGAAAUCAUGUAUAAUUAGCAGCAAGUGUAAAUAACUUCAAUCAAAUAGCUCAAACGAACAACUAUUAUCACGUUUAGUAACGACCGAAAAUUAAUCACUAAAUAACUUGUUGCGCUUCAAAAAAAAAACUCCUUAUAUGUGUGUGUUUAUUUGUAUAAAACAACAAACUUUAUAUUUUGUGUGCUAUUAUUUUAAGUAAUAUUUCUAUUUUGGUACGAUUUAAACUUAGUAGAAAAUGUUUGUUGUUUAUAUCACAAAGCGAUAAAAUUUAAUUUUGCUUGCGAUAUCAAUAUAUAUUUAGAAUAUAAUUUUACUUUGUAAAAAGUAUUUUGUGAUAUGUAACAAAUUAAAAAGAUAAAUUGUUUCUUAUAAAUUGUGCAAAGUAUAGGCCAAAAAAAAAGAAAUACUAAUGCGGGAAGCGAUAUUUUUAUACACAUACAAUGAUGUUACAUAUAUUAUAAAAAAAACUUAAAUAUUAACAACUUUAUAGACGAGACAAAGAUAUGUUGAACCUUUUUUUAAGCAAAAAAAGUUAAACAUGUCCUUGUCUUCUAGGAAGAAAAGCAACUCGAGACGUUCCAUAAGGGAAAUUUUGAUAUAACAGUGUUAUAUUUGAUGAAGAAAGGAGUAGAAUGGUGUCUGUUUGUCAAUAGACUACUGAAAGUUUUCAAUUUGUACUUAUAAAAAAAACAAAGCAUCUUGCAUUAUAAUUAUCUAACAUCAUUGUGUGCAAUUGCGACCUAAUUUUUAUUUGUUUUACGUUGAACAAAAAUACAGGUCUUUAUAUAUUUUAAAGUAGAUUAAGAAGUAUAUAAAGCGAGAGUAAACGAAUGAGAUUUACGUUUGAAGUUUGCUAAGUUACAAUAAUAAAAUGGUGCUAUGAAAUACAAUGGGAAACACAUUGUUGAGAAAGUGUAAGAUGAUUUGUACAUAUAUAUAUAUAUAUAUUGUAAAGUCUGUUUUGAAUUUUUUAAAAUCAUAUAAAAUAGCACCAUAUAAAGAAAAUGUGCGGGUCUUCUCGAUUAAAAAAUUAAUAUGGACAUGUCAAACAGGGUUAAAUUUAUACAUUUAUGUGAGCCACAACUUAUUCGAUUGAUAAUAAUCUCGACGAUAGGUUUAUAUAAUUUUUUUUUUUUUUUAAUAUUUAGUGAUUUAAUAUUUAUGUUGCGCGCAAUGAGAUGUGUAUUAGCAUAUGUGAAGCAGAAGAUUCAGUAUGGAUUGUAUCUUACUGCGAAUAUACAUUCCACUGCAUAUACACAUCAACGAAACGAUGACGAAGAAAGGAGAGAGUUUAUAAAGUUUUCAACUUCAAGAGAGAUACACGUGAGCUUUUACGUCCGUUGGGACUUGAGCAAGUAUAAAUCACGUUCUUCAAGGGAAACGAACGGGUAGCAGUUCGUAUCCCAAAUAUCGAGUUGAUGUUCGUUUAUUGAAAAUGGGAGAGCUAAUGAGAGCAUCGCAGUUUCUUCGGAAGAUAACGAGGUACGGAUGCACAAAGUUGUGCAUUUUGUGCUGCACAAACAGUUAUAAGUUUGCUUGCAGCACCUUUACGUCCCUCCAGCAAUGUAUGCAGUUUCGUGUCGCUGCGAUGGCAAUAAUGUGUCUGCAUUUCAUCAGUUCUAUUGGACCAGAAGAUAAUAUUUAUUCUACGUUUAUUUAGAAGAAACAGAUCCGAAUUUUAGUUUGUGAUUUUUUUAAUAAUUUGUAUAUUCUUAAAUCGCGUACCGUGAAAUUUCGAUUAGCGCGUGUAUAGUUUUGAUAGACAAAAUAAGAGGAGGAAUAAUUUGUGCUCACAUAUUUGUAUAUACACAGCGAUAGUUUUAAUCACAAAUAUAGCAUGUAUAUUUUGACGUUUAGAUGAUGAUACACGCAAUUACAGUAUCAGAUAUAUUUGUAUUCAAAGACUCAUAAAUGUACAUACUGGUGUGACAAAAAACAUAUUACUUUUUUAUUUUACAUGUGAAAAUCUCUUCGUUUCGAUUUAUAAAAACUUGUAUGAACGAUGAUUGCGUCUGUAUGAGUAUUGAUCAUUUGUAAAUGUUGUAUGAACAUUACCAUUGUUUUUCUUACAAGAAAAAAUUGUAAUAUUGUGAUGUAAAUAUAUAUACAUUAUAUAUAUGUAAAUAUACGAUACGGUAAAUUUUAUAUAGAUGUUAUAUAAAAAUUCAUUAUACCGCCGUUGUAUAACUCUCUGAUAAGAAUAAAAGAAUAUUUUUAUGUA